CCGAAAACUGAGCUGAUGGGUUUAAUAGAAACCUAUCAUUGUUGUUUGCCUGUUCGUGCCUUCACCGCGCUGCGUUUGCUACUUGUGUGGUCAUAGCGGGUCACGCCUUCACUCCUUCACGCAAUCUUUCACCUUCUCCCCCCACCUUUACCUGUUGUCUACAAUGAUUUCCAGAACCCCCUCAUCUGAUUUCCUCAACUGCAAGUUUUCAACACCAUACGACUCAGACACCAACAUCGAACAUAAUGGCAAGUUCCAGCGAUGUCAACAAAGCAUUCACAGACGGCUUCAAUGAAGCUUUUGAGCUCUACCGCACUAACCGCUUGGACGAAUGCGCAGCCAAAGCACGCGAGCUGCUUUCUGAUACUGCUAUCCCAAGAUACCACCGCAUGAAGACGUUUAUUCUGCUUGGCUCCAUACUAGCCAACUGGGAUGAAGCGAAUAGGUGCCGUAUACUUGCGGAGGGUCAAUGGCAUAUAGUACGACGCUUGCAUCCUGAAGGCGCAGACGCGACGGUAGAUGGGUAUAUGAGAGAGCUACGCGAAUCGCUAGACGAGCUGGGCGCAGUGCUACAGGAUGACGAGGACCCGUUUGGAUUUGGUGUCGGGAGCGCUGAUGACGAGGUUGUGGAUGAACAAGAUGCUAGCGUCGAGGAAGCGCGAACAGAGAUGGAAGACCUCAAUAUCGACAUUGAUGCCCCAACGCAUUCCUUUACUACCGUCGAGGCACCUGAGGAAGCCAAGAUGGAGGUGGACAAAGAACCUUGAUCCCUGCCACUCAAAGCGAAACAUAAAUUAAAAGUAGCUCAGCUCGACUUGACUGCAGGUUCUACUCUGCCCACGAAGAGCGACACAAGAUCGCAACAGCUACAAACACCAAAGAUGCAAAACAUACAGGGCCUCUGACCCCAUUCGGAGCUGAGACAUUUACCGAGUUGGCCACACCAGGAUUCGCUGCAUCAAGCUGGCGACCUUUUGGACCCGGCAAGAAAAAGAAGGCAUCCUGUAUAUUUCAGUGUUCCAAAAAUCAUGGCUACAGAGCGGCAGAUACUAGACUAGAAAAGAAUGCAUCAGUGACCAAGCUGGCCCAGUU